CUAUCUUGAAAACUGCUUUUAUUACUGUGAAACUUUAGGCAAAAGAUUCGAGUGUGUGAGUUUAUGGGCCUUAUUUUAACUGAAUUAGAAUUAAUAUUACCGGGGUAAGGUGGCCCAAAUUGGGCAAGUACUCGGGAAAUAAAAGACUAGUGACACCUGUUGCAGCAGCAAGGAAGUUAUUAGGGAAACAUGAGAAAUGUUUUCUAUCCUUAUUUGCACUUCAGCAAUUGCAGUACAAACAACUGUUAAUUGCUUUUUAAAACAGGGAAAUACAAAGAAGGGGUCAAAGGCUUUAUAAAGCGGUCGUGUCUAGAUCUCCCAUUCAUUUAUCGCAGAAGAACAAUAUCACAUCAUGUCACCUAUUCCCUUGAUCAAGAUCAUUCUGCUGCUCGCCUUCAUGGUCGGAUGCUGUUUGACCGGCUUGGUAAAAGAAGACCAGAGUUUUCCUUUAAAGCGACUGAAGAGAAAUUUGUGGCAGUUCGGAAACAUGAUAAGCUGUGCGACAGGCCGCAGUAGAUGGGACUACAACGGAUAUGGCUGUUGGUGUGGACGUGGUGGAAGCGGAACGCCAGUCGACGGAACAGACAGGUAUUUAACAGAAGCGUCCAUUCGUCAAGUUCCUUCUUUUUCUCUGCUCCUAGGCACACCUAGCCAGUUUUACACGAGCCGAUGCUGUAGGACUCAUGACGAGUGCUAUGAUCGAGCCUUGAGAAGGGGCUGUAACCCGUAUUGGGAGACGUAUACCCGAUCUAACUGCACUGAUUGUGCUUCAAGUAACAACGUCUGUGAGAAGCUCGUUUGUGAAUGCGACGGAGCUGCUGCUCGCUGUUUUGCCCGCUCCAACUAUAACUCCAAUUACAAAGGUUACCGAAAGCACCACCAUUGUUGAGCAUGUCAAUGGAACUGUCUUCAGUGACAGUCUGCAGACAUGAAACGCUGAGGGGUCAGAUGAGCGUUAUCACCAUAAUCAUCGUCAUCAUUCUUAUCAAUAGUAUUUUUUCUCCUCUAUAUUUUUGUCCAGUAAAUCUGCUGUGAGCAAUCCCUUGUGUUUUAAAAGGGGAUCACAGCACAGUUUUAGCGCUAAAACUGUGGUCCCCAAAAUAUAACAGGACACUCGCUGCGUAGAAUUAUUCUAACGCCCGUUUCCUAGACGCAAUUCCUAGAGGUAAACGCUUGUGUUGUAUUUCCUAAACGAAAAUCACGUUUAAGUUAUUGCAUGAUGUUGGCAUAUUACUCUAGUCCACGCUAGCAAUAUAUACAGGUUAUAAUUGUUCUAGUUUUUUACUCCCUGACGAAGUCAGCGUUUAUAGUCAGACGAAACGCGUAGGAGACAAUAAAAGUUGUAAUGCUACAACUCAAGUUUGGACGGUCCUGCUCAAUAGUUUCGCUUUUAUUAAAUUGUUCAGUUUUAAGAA